CCCUACUUUCUUUGAGGCUUACCCAAUUACUUUUUGCUUACUCCACUCUCUUUUAUGACAUUGGCCCACAUUCUAUAAAGUUUUUCCCCCCACUCUUACAGAGACAGUAUUUACCAACGUUCUCGGAGUUUAGCCUACCAUCUCUUAGGUAUAGUUCACCUGACAGGCUUCCAUACAAUUUCCAUCUAUCAGCCCAAUUUAACUCAGCAGCUUUAGAAAAUGACAUUUACUCAAGAUGCCAUGCUGUGGGAUCAAACCUGGUACCUCAUGGCUGCAAAACAAACUUCUUAACCAUUUGGUCAAACAAGGAAUUUACUCCUUCCCCUUGGUGCAGCGUGGAGGCUGGAGUUACAUAUUACCAAAAUCGCUGCCACAGUUAAGGGGACACUCGAUGUUAGAGUGACUGACCAAAAAGAUAGAAAUCACUAACCCCCUACUACUACUACUACUACUACUACUACUACUGCUGCUGCUGCUAUCAGUGUCACUACCUCUGCCACCAGAACCACUACCACGACAAUGGCUACAAUGGAGGGGCAUUUCAGUAUGGAGGAACUGUAUGCUAAUGAGCUCCCCAGUGCUGUUGAAGAACUUGGCAAAAACUACGAGAAUCUGAGACAAGUGGCUGACUACUGUGACAUUCAUUAUAAAGAGAUAGAAAGUUCUGGUGAGGCUCUGGUGAAGACCCGUAACUAUGUGAACCAUUCUUUAGCCUGCGUUGCAGGCCAGAUUGGAACUGCAGCUGAUAAGUUUCUUCAACUUCUUGAUGAGGAGAACAAACGAAUUGAUGAGGCAGCAGCCAUUAUCAGUGAACUCACAUCAUUAACAGCAUUCCAUGAACAGAAGAUUAGUCGUCGAUGUAUUGCCCAAUUACUGUGUAAAAAGGGCCAAUCUCAUGUUGUGCCCAGUGGUAAGGGUAUCAUUGUGUACCCUUCUAAAUUGCAGAAAUCUGCUCAAUACAAGAGAGCUCCCAUAGAUUAUUCUGCAUUAGACGAUAUUGGUAAUGGUGUGAAGAUAGAAACACAGUACGGUCCCACAAUCAGUAUUCAUACGUAUGCUCGAGGCCUGAAUCGAAACUCAAGCCUGAAGGGUCGCAGUUCCAAAUCCCAACCUUCAGGUUAUGCAACCAUCAGCCAUUCAGGUGUCUAUUCUCAAUACAGGGUGACUGGUCAACCUUUACUUAAUUCCAGUUCUUCACAGCCAUCCAUUUACAAAUCCAUAGCACCCCCUGUUGCCCCUGUAUCUCCUGUUCGAAGGUCUAAAUUGAUUUACGCCACCCAACGCAGUGCCUCAGUGGACAUCAAUAGAGACAUUUUCACAGACUCUCUACUCAGAAAAAACAGAAGCCAUUCAGUGGCACCGGAUUAUGACAGGCAGGUGAACAGAAUGUCAAAUUUAUCACUGGAAGCCAACUGGCAACCAUCAGUACGACACACUGCUCCAACUGAAAAUCCCCCACCACCACCUUCUCUAGCUGCACUUUGGACUCAAGCUCCAAUUGCUACUGAAGAAGACAAUGACUUUGAUGAUACCUUGCCACCACCACCUUUACCAUCACUACAGCCAUCACAGUUACAAAACCCACAAGCAGAGGACUUAGCCUACCCACCACCCAGUCCACUAUACCCAUCAGUAUCAGAUCUUCCAGAAACUACAUCACAGUCGUAUGAAAACCAAGGGUUGUACCAGACCACAGGCAUGUACAUGAUGAAAACCCAGGAACCAGAAAAUUACAUAGAAAAGGUGAUUGCCGUAUAUGAUUACACUGCCAACGAACCAGAUGAAUUGACAUUUAAUGAGAAUGCUGUUAUCUAUGUGUUGCAGAAAAACGAAAAUGGAUGGUGGGAUGGCAUAUUAAAUGGUGAACAAGGUGUCUUUCCAUGCAACUACGUAGAACCAUGUGUGUGAUUAUAAUAAAACAUGGAUGCAUUUCUUAAGUGGAAUUUGGUUACAAUAUAAAAGAUGUUAAAAGAGAGAGAGAAAAACAAAAAAUAAAAACAUCCCGCACCACACCUAAAAAAUAAAAAGAGAGAGAGAGA